CUCGCAAACCAAGCAGAAAACAUAAUUAGAGAGCUUUCCAUUCCAUUGUUUUUCCAGCCCUUCAUUCCCACAAUCACCCUGUCAUCACCUAAACCCUACAGACCCUUUCCCCCCUCACACACACUCUUUCAUGAUCUUGUUCUUUCUCAAACUAGAACACAGUGAGUCUGGACUUUAAAGUACCUUUGAGCUGAAUUGAUAGAAACAGAUGUGAUCUAAAAUCUGAACGGUGUGUAAAUGGCUCUGUGUGACAAAGACCUGGAAUCUGGCUUUCUGAAUUCAUCAGAGAAUGUUCCUUAUGCUGAAAAGAGUGCCUUCACACAAACAGAGCACAACAUUGUCGCUGCGUAUCUCAUCACUGCAGGAGUAGUCAGUCUGUCUAGUAACAUAGUUGUGCUGCUGAUGUUCGUGAAGUUCAGAGAGUUGCGUAAUGCCACAAAUGCUAUCAUCAUUAAUCUAGCCUUCACUGACAUCGGAGUCGCCGGGAUCGGUUAUCCCAUGUCAGCAGCCUCAGACCUGCACGGGAGCUGGAAAUUCGGCUACAUGGGUUGCCAGAUCUAUGCAGCCCUGAAUAUAUUUUUUGGAAUGGCCAGUAUCGGACUGCUCACAGUGGUUGCCAUCGACAGAUACCUUAGCAUAUGUCGACCUGACAUAGGACAGAAAUUGACAUCAAUGUCAUACACGCUUCUUAUUGUGGCUGCCUGGCUGAAUGCCGUGUUUUGGUCAUCCAUGCCCAUCAUAGGUUGGGCAAGUUAUGCUCCUGACCCAACAGGGGCCACCUGCACCAUCAACUGGAGAAACAAUGACACAUCUUUCGUGUCCUACACAAUGGCUGUGAUCACGAUCAACUUCAUCAUUCCUCUCUUAGUUAUGUUCUACUGUUAUUACAAUGUCUCUGCUACUGUGAAGAGGUACAAAGCCAGUAACUGCCUAGAAAGCAUCAACAUCGAUUGGUCAGACCAAAUGGAUGUCACCAAGAUGUCCAUUAUAAUGAUAGUGAUGUUCCUGUUUGCCUGGACACCAUAUUCGGUUGUGUGUUUAUGGGCAUCAUUUGGUGACCCGAAAAUGAUCCCAGCUCCUAUGGCCAUAAUUGCCCCACUUUUCGCUAAGUCCUCCACCUUCUACAAUCCUUGCAUCUAUGUCAUAGCCAACAAGAAGUUCAGAAGAGCCAUCACUGGAAUGCUACGAUGCCAAACCCGACAAAGAGUUACGAUUAACAACCAGGUUCCAAUGACAUCCUCUUCUUUACCCCUAAACCCCUAAAUGAUGAGUGAAUACAUAAAACAUGACCUGCACCUAGCGCUGGACGCUAUCUCCCUGUUUCACAUCACUAGUGUACCUGAAUAAAAGUUUCAUCAUGAUUUAUACAGAUUUUUAUAAUCCAUGAGCAUUUUAAUGACAUAUUUGUAAGCAUCAAGUCCAUCAAAAAAUAUUUUUCCAGAAUAUUCCAAAUUUGAGCUGAAAUGCAUGUAAUUUUCACUAAAACAGGAUUUUAGGGCGGGACAUAGUGAGUUGGAUUCUUUGGAUUCUGGAGAGUAUUUGAUUGGUCAGAAAAAUCUGACGAGUGCAGAAUGAUGUCAUAAAAAUCAUAAAUCUGUUUUGGCACCCUAACCUAACCCUAUCCCUGCAUCCGAAAUUGCAUACUAUGGUACUGAAUUAGAUGAAGUUCAUACUCAUCGACCAUUAAAACAUAGGCACAAUUGUAUGAAUAUGGAUAGUAUGAAUGAAUUCGGAUGUACAACAUCCGCCAUGUUGAUAGAACACAUGAAAUACGUCUUCAUGACAACUACUUAGUCAUUAACUGGAAUUAAACUAGUGCAAUUUAAUCAGAAGGGACAGCUGUUUAAUGUGUUUGCAUUUGAAUAGAGCCGCGGUACUGCUUUUAGACAUUUUUGAAUAAAACAACAGCUCUUCUUCUUCAUUGGUUAACUCAUCCCCAUGGGCUCACGGGAUAGUAGAGUGUCCAUUGAAUGAACACUUUGGGAUCUUGCCUGAUGUAGUAGGUUAUCCGGGUACUUUUUGCCUAUACGGUUUUUCUAAUAAGGUACUAUGAGUUCGGACAUACUACUCACCUCAUCUACUGCUUUUCGCCUAAUUUAUAUAUUAUGGAAGUAGACGGUUCCGGACACAGCGUGUGAGUUUUUAAUACUUAUAUUUUUUAAAUAUGAAAUUUGUUAAUAUUUUGGACCAAACUAGUUUAUAGAAAUCUUUGAGGCUAACAUAUAAUUUUUUUUUAAAGGAACAGUAUGUAAGAAAUGUAUAUAAAUUAAUCAUAAAAUGGCCCUGAUAUGUCACUAGACAUUAAGAAAUCAUUUUCAUUUCAAAUCCUUAUCUCACUAACAAAAGUGGUCUGGCCAGGAUAUUGUCAUUUAAAAAGUGGAGUUGCAGCCCUCAACUGAUGUUUAUCUUUUUAUUUUGUGUAUUGGCAACCA